GGCGAUCCCCUAAAAAAGAGUGAUGGCAGAUGAGGCUGAAAUCAAUCCAGAUGAACUCCAGAGAGUGUACUGCAUGGCUAGGGAUGGCCUGUCAAUGACAUUUUAUGCUCAUCUGGCGAAGGAAUCUCGAAGAAAGGCGAAUAGACUUAUAAACGAGAAAUCCAUAGAUGAAGAUGGACAGAGGAGCACUCCGUUCAUUGUUGCAGCUCGUUAUGGCCAUGAUAAAGUUGUCAAAAUGCUCUUGGAUAAGUUUGAACCUGACAUAGAACAAGGAGGCACUGUCAAAUUUGAUGGAUAUAUUAUUGAAGGAGCUAGUGCCUUGUGGUGUGCUGCAGGCGCUGGACAUCUUAAUGUAGUUAAAACUCUGGUGAAAGCCGGAGCGGACGUGAAUCACGCUACACAUACAAAUUCAACUCCACUCAGGGCGGCGUGUUUCGAUGGAAGGUUGGAUAUAGUCAACUACCUUGUAGACCACGGAGGCGAUAUACACAUAGCUAAUAAAUACAAUAAUACAUGUCUGAUGAUAGCUGCAUACAAGGGCCAUAUGGAUAUCCUGACAUUUUUAUUGGAACACGGUGCAAAUCCGAAUGAGAAAGCACUAUGUGGUGCAACAGCACUUCACUUCGCAGCAGAGUGUGGUCAUCGCCACAUUGUAUCCAAAUUGUUGAAAUACGGAACACUAGUCACUAAAAACGUCAGUGGGAUGACACCACUGAUGGCAGCAGCUGAGCGAACUCGAGCCAAUGUAGUCGAGUGCUUGAUAUCUAAGAAUGUUGCUACCAAAGAGGAGAUUAUUGACGCGUACGAACUUCUCGGCGCGUCAUUCGCCAAUGAUAAGGAUAAUUACUGUGUAAUAACUGCCUACACUUACCUGCACAAAGCAAUGGAGAUGAGGUACAGCGAUCCGUCGAAUAUAAUUAGCAAAGUAGUGGCAGAACCAGUGCCUGCAUACGAGAAUUGGAGAGAGAGUGAGACUUUGGAAAGACUUGAGAGCUUGAUGAGCAAUGUCAACGCGAUUCACAUGGAGUCCCUGGCUAUCCGAGAGAGAAUCCUUGGAAAGCACAAUCCAGAAGUGCCUCAUCCCAUAGUUUACAGAGGUGCUGUGCUUGCGGACAAUGCUAGGUUCGAUAGAUGUAUUGAUCUAUGGCUGCAUGCACUUCAUCUUCGACAACGGAAUAACAUCACGGCGGUGAAGGAUCUUCUCAGAUUUGCCCAGGUUUUCUCUCAAAUGAUUCACGUCGGUAUUAAUCUCCAAUUGAGUCAAGUAAUGGACGUCCUCGAGGCAAGUGUCGUUGAAUUGGGGAGAAAUAAAACGAGGAUGCUCGCCUCUGAGGCCAAAGAGGAUGACGAACAGUACCUUGAAGAGACAGAGUCAAAUGUCAUGACAACAUUGUACAUAUUGACUAUUCUGGUACAGCUGAUGCCACUCAAGGGGAAAUCAUAUGACGAACCUAGUAUAAGCAAGGCUAGGUUUCUCGUCCACAAGCUGUGUGCUCUCAAGAUGACCCUCAGAGACGGGCAAACUCUUCUGCAUCUGGCUGUAAAUGCAAAAACCCCAGUGGAUGAUUUUCACACGAACGAUGUGUGUAAAUUUCCCUGCGCAGCUACUGCCCGAUUACUCAUUGAGUGUGGAGCUGAUGUCAAUGCCAUGGACAAUGAGAGAAACACUCCUCUUCAUGUAAUUGUUACUUACACAAAGCCUAUCAGCGAUUUUAUGACGCUUCAUGGGAUUAUAUUGGAGUUGAUCGAGGCUGGGGCACACAUGGACAUUGUCAAUAGCCAGGGAGAGACGCCGUAUGAUGCUGCAACAACGGGAGUUACUGAGAUUAUACUUAGAACACAGACUAAAUUGUCCCUUCAGUGUAUGGCUGCCAAAGCUGUCAAGACAUACAACCUCUCUUACUCAGGCAAUGUCCCAAGGUCUUUGGAGAGUUUUAUCGAACUUCAUGGAUCGGGUCUUCAUCAGGGAUAGUAAUUAUUUCAACAGCUCUAUCACAGAUGCAGAUACCUCCUACACUGUUUUUUAUGAGCCAAAAUGCUGGUUAUUUGAUAUUCGCCGUACGUGUACGUUUUUUGUUCGUGUUGUGGAUCUUAUCAGCUUCUCGCAAUGACAACCGUACAUUACGCGGCCUAUAACGCUCACCUAUGACAAAAGGGCUUUCGUAGCUAUCGAAGUAGCUACUUGCCCAUGUGUUGUAAAUUGGUAUCUGCAGGAUUGGCUACGAGAAGAGUUUUGUUUUACAGUGAGAGUAAAACUGGUCAAAUGAUGAAGAAAACAGAAUUGUGGAUUUCGCCCUGAAGAAUUGGUAGCAAUGAUCUCUUUGUGCGAAUCGCUUGUACAGGUGAAUCUUGUUGUUUAGUUUCGAAUAAUUAUGUUUUUCUAUGAUAAAUGGACAUUGUAAUCAAACGCUGUAAAUUUACAAAUAUGUAAUGUCGUAAAAAUGAAUAAGAUAGGAUUCAAUAAUGAAACUAAGUUGGACUUUUUUCGUCGCCAUUGACAGCAGGUUUCCUCGUUAUUCUUCAAGUCAUAAUUUUCUCGACUUCGUAUCUGUUGACAAUUGAGCCAUUUUUAUUAUUUAU